UUGUUAUGAAGUGUGUCCUAGUCAGUUUCUAAAUCUGUCUGCCGAUAUGUCGGAUUCACUGGAGAGGUCCUCGAACAUCAACUUUCUGAGGGAGCCGGCCCUGGGGAGACUGUGUUGGGUGCUAGAUAAGACCAGCAGUAAAGGAUGGCGGAGACUGGGAGAGGUGGUCGCCAGCGACAGGCGGUUUAAAGUCAGCUCAAAUGAUAUAGAGACGUGUUCUCUGAAAGUGAUGAAGCUGGAGGGCAGUCCCAGCCGCACGCUGCUGAGGCUGCUGGGAGAAAGAGGGUGCACCGUGGGCCACCUGUCCGACUACCUCAACACUAUGGGCAACUCGGAGGCCCUCCAGUGCCUCAAACCACCAGGCAUCCAGAUUGUCAUUCAACCGCAGUCUGUGGCUAUACUAUCUGGUCGAAAUCUGCGUCUGAGCUGCUACGCCAUGGGCAAGUCUAGAGUACACUACCAGUGGUUUAAGACCAGGGAGGAGAUGCCUAACGGCUCCUCGCCAGACCUGGUGAUAAGCCCUGUGUGUGUGAAGGAUGCAGGUUUUUAUAUCUGCAGGGUCAACUGUGGGGACGCCUGUGAGUUCAGCAAGUGGGCUCAGGUAGACGUCCUGGAUGUCGCCACAUCUUAUGGUCAGAGCUACCAUUCUCUGGAGAGCAGCGUGAAAGUGGUGAUCCAGCCCCAGGCUCAGCAGGUGCUGGCGGGGGAAACACUGCAGCUGGAGUGUGGAGCCAUGGGAAGACCCAUCCCUUGCUACCAGUGGUACAGGAAUGGAGUCCCUCUCCACAAUGCCUCCAAGAGGAAGCUCGUGAUUCCGAAUGUGGCGCCGGAGCAUCAUGGGAAGUAUCGCUGUGAGAUCAGCAGUAACAGUGAGAGAGUCUGGACCGGCGAAGUUGACGUCGUAAUCGGACCAAGGAUUUCUAUCCAGUUUUCAGGGGCAAUGGAGUGCUCUGAAGAUGACUUUUAUGGCCUGGAAGCAGGUGCCAGUGAACUCCUACUGAAUACUGUUACAGAACAACUAAAUGCAACUGACAAGGUGGCUCUGCUGAUUGGCAACCUGUCCUACCGGAACCACCCAAAGCUCAAAGCCCCCAUGGUGGACGUCUACGACCUCACCAACCUCCUGCAUCAACUGAACUUCAAGGUGGUGUCUCUGCUGGACCUCACCGAGUCCGAGAUGAGGAACGCUGUGGAAGAAUUCCUGCGGCUGCUCCACAAGGGAGUCUAUGGUUUGCUGUAUUAUGCCGGCCAUGGAUACGAGAACUACGGCAACAGUUUCAUGGUGCCUGUAGACGUCCCGAACCCGUACCGCUCGGCCAACUGUCUGUGCGUGCAGAGCAUCCUCAAACUGAUGCAGGAGAAGGAGACUGGACUCAAUGUGUUUCUGCUGGAUAUGUGCAGGAAGAGAAAUAUUCAUGAUGAGGCCACUCCAAAUAUUGUCUUGAAGGUCACUGCUAACAUUGUCUUUGGAUAUGCUACUUGCCAAGAUGCGGAGGCCUUUGAGCUGAGCUCCAGUGAGUUCACCAAUGGUGUGUUUGUCAAGUUUCUGAAGAAGCGUCUCCUCGAUGAUGAGAAGAUCACCGUGGUUCUGGACAGAGUGGCUGAGGAUAUGGGUCAAUUUGAUGCCACUAAAGGGAAGCAAGCUCUGGAGAUCCGAAGCAGCCUAUCAGAGAGGAGAGCACUAACAGAUCCAAUCCUGCCUGGUAACUGCGCGGACAUCACCCUGGCACACAGUCGGCAAUGGGCAAAGGUUCACGAGCUGCCAGAGAUUAUGUGUCUGGACUUUGACUGUGGGGCUCAGAUCAAGCUGGGCUUUGCUGCGGAGUUCUCCAACGUUCUCGUCAUCUACACCCACAUCAUAAAGAAACCCAACGACAUGAACUUCUGCCAAGCUCACGUCACAGACUUCUCACAGGAUCUUGACGUGGAUCCGAAAGAGAUGAACCGGAACACUCCAGAAGAGACGGGCAUCUACCUUCUGUCCAGGAUGCUGCCACAACACUGUCUCUACACCAGGCUGAGCUCCCUGCAGAAACUCCGGGAAGAGCUGGUCUUCACUGUGUGCCUCCAGGGCACCUUCACAACCAUGGAAGACGAUCCGGUCCGCUGGACCAAAAGCGUCAACAUUAGUAAGCCGCUGAUCGCCAGGCUGGACCUGCACCGACCUGUGUGCCGGAACAGCUGCCUGCAUACCUGUUUAAUGCCCCACAGCCCCUGCAACAGCCCCUGCCACAGCCCCUGUCACAGCCCUGGUGCCAAGCGUCGUCACUACCUGGAGCAGCCACAGAUCCACAGUUAUGGCCACCUGUCCCCGCACUGCCUCAGCCCCUACCUGGAUGUCUACGAGCCCCUGCAGGGCGCGGUGGGAGGCUGUGUGGAUUCCUUCUAUGAUAACCUGGGUCAGUCUCAGUAUGAACCCUCCUAUUGCUCCACUACAGAGACCACAGGGUCUCCAGGCAGGCCCAGCAUCCCCAUAGAAACAACUGACGACAUGAAUGAGCUGCAGACUGUCUUUAUCAACAGUCUGCAGUUCGAGCACCAGUCAGACACUUACUGAGUGUUGACGCCUCAUAGAGAAGACCUGGCAGUGUGUCUGGUGUUGUAUCUGGACUACUUGUUGUUGUUCUUUUUUUAUUUUCAAAUAUUCCUUACACUGUUUAGAUUCUUUGACUGACAUUUUUUUUACAAUCAACCUACUUGUAUUUUAAAGACUUUUUUUUCAUACAGUUCCAUAUAUUUUUAUGUAAGUUUAAAACAAUCUAUUGCAUUUCAGUGAAUUGCCCUGUUUUCACCACAUGUGACUGUAGCGUUCCAAGUUGUACACUGUAAGAAAGACUAGUAGCAUUAACCGGGCACCAAAGGGUUGUUUUUUAAACAAGUAGGCACAAGUACAACAUCCAACUGUUUUCCACCCAUUUAUAAAGACUCGGUAUAAAUUACAACGUUCCUUUUUCAAAUGGCCCUCCCAACAUUUGAAGAUGACAAACACACUAAACUGAUACUAUACAUGCUAUCUUGAACAUAGCUAAAAGGAGAAAUUUGCAACUUUUCUCCAUCAUGAAAUAGUUCUUUUAUUCAUCUGGACUAUGGAUUCGAGUUAUAUAACAUCUUCACCAUGGUUGUAGACAUCCUGCAGUUUUUGCAUACCGCCGCUGAAAUGUUUGGACCGGGUAGGGUGAACACUGGUGCAGCAGUAAACACACGUGUUGGAAACAUCUCCAACAGGAAACAAGAUUGAAACGUGAUGUAGUGGUGUUUCUGUUGGACAGAUGAUCCAUAUUACUGUACAACAGUGUUGGGAUACAGUUUGAGGAAGUUUAGACUGCCUGCGUUAACUUUGGCCUGAGGUUACAAGGCAAAGGCAAGGCAAAUUUAUUUAUGUAGCACAUUUCAGCAUCAAGGCAAUUCAAAGUGCUUUACAUAAAACAUGAAAGGCAUUGAGAGAAACAACAUAAGGCAAUAAAAAUACAUCCAUCCAUCCAUUAUCCAAACCUCUUAUCCCGCUCAGGGUCACAGGGAUGCUGAAGCCUAUCCCAGCAGUCAUUGGGCGGCAGGCGGGGAGACACCCUGGACCAGCCGCCAGUCCAUCACAGGGCCAAAAAAGACAUUUAGAAUCAAAUAAAAAGAGAAGUUACAGUGCAAUGCAAGAUGAAAAUCAAAAGCUUCAAGCCUUAUUCAACAAAAGGCAGUGGCAAAGAGGAAGGUCUUCAGCCUCGAUCUAGAGGAACUAAGAGUUGCAGCAGACCUGCAGUUUGUUCCAGAUAUGUGGUGCAUCAAAAGUGAAAGCUGCCUCUCCAUGUUUAGUUUUGACUCUGGGGACAGAAAGCAGACAUGUCCCAGAUGACCUGAGCGGUCUGGAUGGUUCAUGGUGUAGCAGUAGAUCAGAAAUGUAUUCUGGCCCUAAACCAUUCAGUGCUUUAUAAACCAAGAGCUGAGUUUUAAAAUCAAUUCUUUGGCAGACAGGAAGCCAGUGUAGCGACCUCAGGGCUGGAGUGAUGUUGAUCCACUCUUCUGGUCUUGAUAAGGACUCGAGCAGCAGCAUUCUGAAUCAGCUGCAGCUGUUUGAUCCAUUUUUUAAAAAUUUUGUUUUAGAAAGACCCGCAAAGGCGCCAUUAAAGUGGCCGAGUCAACUGAAGAUAAAUGCAUAGAUACGUUUUUUCCAAAUCCUGCUGAUAUGUUCUUCAGGUGAUAGUAGGCUGACUUUGUGAUUGUCUUAGUGUGGCUAUCUAAAUUCAGGUCUGAGUCCGUGACUAAACCAAGACUUCUGGCUUGGUUUGUGGUUUUUAACAUUACCGAUUGUAGCCGAGUGCUGACUUUUAAUCAUUCUUCCUUGGCUCCAAAGACAAUUACUUCAGUUUUAUCUUUGUUUAAUUGAAGAAAAUUCUGAGACAUCCAAUCAUUGAUUUGUUCAGUGCACUUACUCAGUGCUUGUAUGGGGUUAUAGUCCCCUGGUGGUGACGAGGUUGGGGACUUUUUACUGCUGAGCUGACAGCACGAGCCACAAUGGCUGCUGCACCUUGUUCGUAUUUCAAGAAAAUUCGUGUCAGCGGGUCUGUUUCUCCCUUCCUCCUACCUUAUACAAUAUCAGAGCACUGUCCUACCGUAAUAUUGACCAUGUGUCCUAACAGAAUCAUCACAUCAUCUCAAGUGGACAAAAUAACUUAAUGGAGAAACGUUUCACAUUGCAGCUUAAACGUGCCCUCGUCCAACACUGUUAGACAAUCCCAAACCUCCCGAUUCUGUUCUUCCCUGCAGCUUCCUCAGAAAGUGACGUGAUGUUCUAUCGAUAGAUUAGGAGGAGACUUUCUGUUGCUAGACUGAACCAAAGUAAAACGUAAAUGUAGUCUCCACUUUGGCUACUUAUCUUGGCUACCUGUAUUUUUCACCAGCCUUAUUAAGAGUAAUUGCAAAGCUGGAUGUGGCAGGGAGUCCUUGUUCUGUUUGGACUUGGAAAGGCCCCUAUUCACAUAAUCCAUGAAUACCCAAGUGCAGCCAACAGCCAGCCAGUCGGACCAAGGUGUAAUGAUUUUCUUUCUGUCGAUGCAAACCAUAUUGUAUGUAAGAACCUUUCUGUUUAAUGCGAUAUCGCUUCACUUCAGUCCAACAUCUCAUUCAUCCCUCCUUCACUCCUCCCUCACAUCACGGAGCACUUCUCCUCAGCUUUGUUCCUCAGCUCGGUCAUCAUGGCUGAUGCCUUCUCUUUGAUCCGGUCCAUGUCCAUGUUCUGCAUCUGGCCCAGGAUGGAGUCCCUCUGCUCCUCCUCGGUCAUGUUCUCCUCCACCAUCUUCAGGAGUUCCUCGCAUACAUCGAUUUCAUCGCUGGCCAUUUGGAGAUAGGCUAGCAUUAGUGCACAGUUGUGAUUGUAAUGUCCAAAAGGGGAUUUGGUUUACAACGAGGCCCAAUACACACAAUAGGCUUACCUGUUAUCAAAAGCGCAAAAUUAGGGCUGUCUUGAUAUUAGAUUUUCACUACACGAUUAUUUUGCCCAAAAGAAUUCACAAUUAUGAUAUUGCAAUAUCUAUGGAAAAUUUGAAAAAAAAAUGCAAU